UAGGCACCAAAGAAAGCUCUUACAAUGGAAAGAGAUUCUUACUUCAAUUUCAGUACCACCACAGCCUCGAAGAGAAUGUUUGCCUUCCUGCAGGACUUGCUGCAAUUGCUGGUGCUGAUUGUACGCGUGCUCCUGGAAUUAACUACGGUGCUGUUGCAGUCUAUGUUGCCUAGAAAGCUAAAGGAUAUCAGCAGCGAAAUUGUCCUGAUAACCGGCACCGGCCAUGGCAUUGGCAGAGAGCUGGCCUUGCACUAUGCCGCCUGUGGUUGCACGGUGGUGUGUGUGGACAUCGACGAGAAGAACAACAUGGACACUGUGCAGGAGGCUCGGCGCUUGAAUCGUGGUGCCGUGCACAGUUUCAGCUGUGAUGUGUCCAAGCGCGAACAGGUGCUAGCGCUGGCAAAGCGUGUGAAAACAGAGGUGGGCUCUGUGUCUGUGCUGGUGAAUAAUGUGGGCAUAAUGCCGACGCAUCCCUUGCCACAGCAAUCAGCCGAGGAAAUACAGCGUGUGUUCGAUGUCAACGUAUUCUCGCAAUUCUGGACAAUACAAGCGUUCCUAGAUCAAAUGAAGGAAUGUCGCAACGGCCACAUUAUCUCUAUAUCGUCCAUUGCCGGUGUGGUGGGUCUGUCCAACUUGGUGCCAUAUUGUGCAACUAAGUUCGCAGUGCGCGGCAUGAUGGAGGCGCUGCACGAAGAGCUGCGCGAGGGACCCUACAAGGAUCUGAUAAGAGUCACAACUAUAUUUCCAUACAUGACCAAUACGGGGCUUUGCAAAUAUCCGAAGGUCAAGUUUCCUACCAUUUUGGGCUUGCUGGAUCCCAAAGAAGUGGCAAAGCGCAUUAUAGAGGCGCAUCGAUCCAAUAGUCUGGAGGUAACGAUACCCAGCAGUCUGAUGUACAUCAACAACUGGACUCGACUGUUGCCAAGUAGUUGUGCAAUUAUGCUAAAAGACUACAUUGACAGUGGUGUGGAGUCGGAUUUGAAUUAAUUAUAUAUUUCGCUCAUUUGCUCUAGAAUAUGUGUACGUAUAUUUAAUGUUUUGGCAUAUUAAAGGUAUUAUUGGUCAUCCCAA